AGCGACCUCUCUCUCUCUCGCUCUCACAGGCUCGGCUCUUCUUUCAGCGUCCCGCCCUCAAAGGGUUAAGCGGCCGCUGCCUGCCGCUCUUUGCUAGACGGCUGAGUUUCGAGGAAGGCGCUGUUUGAGGCAGGCGUCGCUGCGCGCUGCUGUUGCCGCUGCUCUUGCAGCCACCCGCUUGUGAAACCCGCCAGGCAGGCUCGCUUUGGGAAGCCGGGGGGCACCCAUCUGGUGCAUCGAGGAUCUGCUUUGGGGAAAGAGGAGGGAAAGAAAGAGAGAGGGGGGAGAUUUGCGGACCGGAGGCGGAGAAGAACGAGGCAUUUGGUCACGCUCGGCUGUCUUUUGCAUCUUGGCGCUCUGGGUUGAAUGACCGGCUGGACAGCGGCUCCAGGAGAUCCCUCCGCUGGGCGCUCUUCGGCGAGAGAAGCCUCUCCGGCGGCGGUGGUGGAAGCCAGAGAUUAUGAGGACGACGAGCGUGGCUCUUGCCAGCUAUGGAACAAAGCCAGACCUUGGCGGUGAUCCUUAAAUCAGUACAAUGCAGGAAUCGAGCGGCUGCCCUCGCCACCUUCCUGACCCAGUGGGGUUUGGGUGAGCUCCAGCGAGAGGAGAAACGCGGCGCACUCUCGUCAGGGAAUCAGAUCUAGACUCUGCGGCAGCAUCACACACCCAAGAUAAUGCAGUGCCUCUGUGGCAGACCCAGAUUUCUCAAAUCCAGCCUCAAGCUAAAAUGAAUGCCUUGCCGACUGACGGAAGCUGAGGACCCUGUCACCGCAGCGAACAGAAGUACUAAUCCAGCUGUCCUGUCCGUCUCUGGUUGACAUUUGGCACCUUGCUCUGGGUUACCUGUACGGGACACAGUUACCUUAGCAUUCAGCAUCCAUGGAGAGAGGCAACAACAUGUGUAAGCCUGGCUAGCAGGACAGCGACUUUCCAAGUGAAAGGCCAUCCAAUUAUAAACGGAUUAUUAUUUUGCAUUUGGCCUCUGGGACGUUACCUCUUACCUGCAUAGAAAAGCAGCAUCUCUUUCCAUUUUUUUUUUUACUUCUUUUUGCUAGCAUUUCCCCCUUUUUUUCAGUAUUUUGUUUCUUCAUUUAGAAAUGGGCCCGUGGACUAGAAUGUGGCCCGUGGACAGGGUUGUUUUCUUUAAAUCAUGGCUUGUCUUUUCUCUGGGCCUCUCCAUGCAGUUCUCCAAAGCUCUGGCCUGUCCAAGUGUGUGCCGCUGUGACCGGAACUUUGUCUAUUGUAACGAGCGAAGUUUGACCUCAGUGCCUCUUGGGAUACCGGAGGGUGUAACUGUACUCUACCUCCACAAUAACCAAAUUAAUAAUGCUGGAUUUCCUGCAGAGUUGCACAAUGUCCAGUCUGUGCACACAGUCUACCUGUAUGGCAACCAGCUGGAUGAAUUCCCCAUGAAUUUGCCCAAGAAUGUCAGGGUUCUCCACCUGCAGGAAAACAACAUCCAGACCAUUUCUCGGGCUGCCCUAGCACAGCUCUUGAAACUGGAAGAGCUGCACCUGGAUGACAAUUCCAUCUCUACCGUAGGGGUUGAGGAUGGGGCAUUCCGGGAAGCUGUUAGCCUCAAGCUUCUAUUCUUGUCCAAGAACCACUUAAGCAGUGUGCCAGUUGGCCUUCCAGUGGACUUACAAGAACUACGAGUCGACGAAAACCGCAUUGCCAUCAUAUCAGACAUGGCCUUCCAGAAUCUCACAAGCUUGGAACGUCUCAUAGUAGAUGGCAACCUCCUUAACAAUAAAGGCAUUGCAGAUGGCACCUUCAGCCACCUAUCCAAACUCAAGGAAUUCUCUAUAGUACGGAAUUCACUAACGUACCCUCCCCCUGAACUCCCAGGUACAAACCUGCUUAGGCUUUCUCUACAGGACAACCAGAUUUCACACAUACCACUUUCAGCCUUUUCAAACCUCCACCAGCUGGAGAGACUCGAUAUUUCCAACAAUCAGCUUCGGAUGCUGUCCAGAGGUGUCUUUGACAACCUUCGCAACUUGAAACAACUCACAGCAAGGAAUAAUCCCUGGCUAUGUGAUUGUAGUAUUAAGUGGGUCACCGAAUGGCUCAAGUUAAUCCCUUCCUCUAUCAACGUGCGAGGGUUCAUGUGUCAGGGACCAGAGCACGUCCGAGGCAUGGCUGUCAGGGAACUCAACAUGAAUAUGUUGUCAUGCCCCACAACCACCCCUGAUCUGACGCUGGUUACCCAAGCUCCCUCUACAUCCCUGCCAACCACAGUAACCCCUACUUCACUGGUCUUUACACCAAGUAACAAACACACUCCUCUUCCCCACACUGUAGCCACACUCCCCACUGUGCCUGAGAGGGACGACGAAGAAAAAGUGACCCCUCCCAUUACUGAACAGUUCCAACUCUUCAUCCACAUUGUGAAUGACACUUGCAUCCAAGUCAGCUGGCAUUCCCUUUUCAACGUAAUGGCUUACAAACUGACCUGGGUUAAAAUGGGCCACAGCCUGGAAGGCGGUAUCAUUCAGGAACGGAUAGUUAGUGACAAGAGGCAGAACAUUAGCUUGGCGAGCCUAGAGCCCAAAUCCACAUAUCGGAUUUGCUUGGUCCCCUUGGAUGAUUUUAAUAAUUACCGAGUUGGUGAGGACACCGUCUGCUCUGAAGGCACCACCAAGGCUUCCCUGCUGAGCAAUGGAAGCAACACGGCUUCCAGCCACGAACAGACCACUUCUCAUAACAUUGGGUCCCCGUUUCUCUUGGCAGGCUUGAUCGGGGGGGCCGUGGUGUUUGUACUGGUAGUCCUGCUCAGCAUCUUCUGCUGGCACAUGCACAAAAAGGGACGCUACACCUCUCAGAAGUGGAAAUACAACCGGGGCCGGCGGAAAGAUGACUACUGCGAAGCAGGAACCAAGAAGGACAACUCCAUCCUGGAGAUGACGGAAACCAGCUUUCAGAUUGUCUCCUUAAAUAAUGAUCAGCUCCUUAAAGGAGAUUUCAGACUGCAGCCCAUUUAUACCCCAAAUGGGGGCAUUAACUACACAGACUGCCACAUCCCCAACAACAUGCGCUAUUGCAACAGCAGUGUCUCAGACCUGGAGCACUGCCACACGUGAUAGUUGUGUGGCGAGACACUUGAUGCUGAGAGCAAAAACUCAGAGGGAGGAAAACAAAACAAACCUACUCACACAAAACAAACAAAACAAAACAAAAAUUACAUUUGAUAAAUGUUACACAGAUGCAUUUGUGCAUUUGAAUAAUCUGUAAUUUAUAUGGUGUACUAUAUAAUGGGAUUUAAAAAAAGUGCUAUCUUUUCUAUUUCAAGUUAAUUGCAAACAGUUUUGUAACUCUUUGCUUUUUAAAUCUUAAAAGAAAAAUAUAUUGCUGAAGUACUGUACAGGGUUGUACAAUAAGAACCCAAUGCCAUGGCAAA